GUACGUGUUGCGACAGUAGUAGUAGUGAUGCAGAAAGUGAAAGGUUGGAUAGAGAAGAAGAAGCUCGACGCUAAGUUUCGUCGUGCGGGUGAAGGGCACUCGCUAAGUGAAGAAGACAGGCGUCAUCAACAGCAUUUCGUCCCGCGGGGCCCCACAAUGAGGGUCGAACCCAGCGAUGACGCAAGUCGAGCGGGCGAGGCCGCUUUGGCGCGAUUCUCUAGGUCGAGCGCGGAACAGAGUAGCACAAGGCUGACGGGGCUAGCGUUCAGGAAGGAUUACGACGAGGAAAAACGUCGCAUUGAAGCAGAAAGACGCGAUCAUGAGAGAAAAGACGUUUUGGCGCGCAAAUGUACAGCUGAGGCAGUUGAACAGAUAUCAGCCCCCAGUGUGCUACCUGUUUCUGCAAUCUAUCUUAUCUGUCCCAUUACAAAUGUUAGUGUCCCAGCAGACGAAAUUAGGGAUCAAAUGACUGGCGCAUUGGCAAGCCAGCUGGAGGAGGAGCCGCUGAGUAAUGCGGCUGUAAUGAUACACACAAUGGCUAAGAAUAGAGAUGAGCUGCAGGCGUGUAUUGUUACAAUAUCGAAGUAUUUGGAUAACGCGGCUAGUCACCUUCAUGAUUCAAAGUAUCGAAAGAUCAAGUGGACGAACAAGGCACUGAUAGAGAGAGUGGCGAGCGUGCAAGGUGGGAUGGAGUUUCUUCAAGCUGUCGGAUUUGAGAAAAAAUCGUUGGCUUCGGAUGAUGGAGAGCAGGAUUUUUUGGUUUUACCAGAUGAUGUGGCUGCUGAGCACUUGAUGUUGUGCAAAGAAGUGUUGACAAAUGCGGAGGCUUUGAGGCCAAAAUUGGAUCGACGUGCUUGUGUGUUUAAGUCUCAUUAUCGUUCUGCACUGAAGUUCGAUCUACCCAAUAGUUUCUUCACCCUUUCAGGAGAAGAGUUAAAACAAGAACAGCAGCAACGAACGGAACAGGUAGAGAAGGACAGGAUGCUUCGAACGAAAGCCAUGAGAGAACAGGAUGCAAGUUUGAGUAAGAGACGGUACCGAUAUGUCGCCAUAAGAAUUAGAUUUCCUGAUGAGCUGGUGUUACAAGGGACAUUCAAACCACAAGAAACGGUUGAGGAUGUGAGAACAUUCACUGUCAACUGUCUGAAAGAGGAGGCCCAGAUGUUAGCAUUCUCACUGGUGGAUCCAUCUGGAAGACGAAUCAAGAACGAGAACAUAACACUGAGUGAUGCAAAAUUGGUUCCCAGUGCUCUACUAACAUUUGCUGUCGAUCAAGAUAUGCAGCAACUCGUGUCUCCUCCUUAUUUCAAGAACGAACUGCUAGAGAAAUUGAAGGUCUUAUAGAAACACUGAAACUGAUUGUUGUCAAUUAACUUAGACGUUGCAAGAUUGCAAUUUCUUGAAUAGAAGUGUAGAUUCAAUGGCAUUAAA